AUGGAGAUUGUUAUCUCUGUGAUUCUACUGUUUGUGGGGAUUGCUGUUUUGGUGGUCAUUCAUAUUUGUAUAGUUGGGAGAACAUUCAAUGGAGGCAGUAACAUUCAAGGUGUUGGUAUGGUGGUUCAAAGAAGAAGCCUUGGGAUGAAAAGGAUGUCCAUUGAGGAGUUGAAUAUGCUUCCUUGCUUUGACUACAUGGCAGGAGAGAAAGGGAGUACUGCUAGCCCUGUGGAAUGUGCAGUUUGUUUGGAAAAUAUCAAGGAGGGCGAAAAGUGCAGGUUGUUGCCAAAUUGCGGGCACAGCUUCCAUGCUCAAUGCAUAGACUCGUGGUUGUUGAAGACGCCGGUUUGUCCAGUAUGCCGGAGUUGUGUCAAUCGUCCAAAGAUUGAUGUGAGUGUCGGUGAGGAAGCUAGUGUUGCAGUGAUCUUGAUAUUAGCUUUUCACCACCUGAAUUCAGACAACAUUCGAGGCAAAGGCUUUCUCGCUUUGCCUCUUUUCUAUGUUUUGCCGAAAAGAACUCGAUGCUGGUUCUUUGCCAAUAGGCAUGUUGUGUUUGUGGUUGAGGUGGUUCAUUAUGUUUGUGUUGUUGACUAA